AUGCAGGCCAUGGAAGAACUUGGAUAUUUCUCUCCUGACGGACAAAGUUGUUCGGAGAUUGGACAGUGGGUGGACUCGAUCACUGGAUUUUCCAGUGAAGACGCGGUGGCCCCACUAUGGGGCUCUAUUCAGGUUAUUGGUCCUCCUGAUGUUUACCCGAUUUACGGAAAUUCUGAAUUAACUUGGGCUCCGCAUAAAAACAGCCGAGAUGAUGACGAAUACAUCCAGGUUAUGUUUGCCGAACCAGUGUUGGUCACCGGUGUCGAUGUUUAUGAAACAUGGAAUUCUGGAUUCACAACAAGGAUCCUAGCCUUUGAUGGCCAGAAUUGGGUCACGUUAUGGUCAACGUCCACACCAGUCUUUAUUGAAGAAGUUCGAGUCCAUAAUCCAACUCUUGAGGUGAGUGGUUUCCUGACCAGGGAAAUCAAAGUACAUGGGGAUUGCAGACCAAGUAAUUCUUCGAUAGAAAUUGACGCCAUUCAGCUUCGCGGUUACUCUGCAUCAUGUGGCUGCGUGGAAAUUUCGCAAUGGGCACAGACAUUGACAGACUUUUCUUCUGAAGAACCAAACACAUUGUGGAUGGCGUCCCAAGUUCUUGGAGUGAGUGACGCCUAUCCGUCUUCGUCAGAAAGCAUGGGAAAGGCUUGGAAACAGACCAGCUCAAACCUUGGCAAUGAUGAAUAUAUACAGAUGAGGUACAACAACCACGUUUACGUAACUGGCGUGGACGUUUACGAGACGUACCGUCCUGGUUCAGUAAAAAAUAUCGACGCUUUUGACGGCUCCUCAUGGGUGACGUUGUGGAGCAACCCUACACCUAUUCCUACCGCAGAAACUGCUCAGAUAUUCACCCCGGUUCUCAAUACUCCAUAUGUGUACACAAAUGAGCUACGCGUGCGUGUUGACUGCCAAGCCGGUGGUGUGACAGACUCGGUGCAACUAGAUGCUGUCCAACUCCGAGGAUACUCAUGUGAACAAACGUGUGAGCUGCUGGCACAGUGGGUUCAGUCUGUUGCAGAUUUCUCGUCUGAAGUUUCAAAUGUAGACUGGGCGGCCACCAAGGUGAUAGGAGCUCCAAAUGUGCAUCCAUCCUACGGUGACUUAAGCGAGGCCUGGGCACAGUCAGUCAAAGAUGAGAACCAGUACAUUCAGGUGAUCAAACUCCACUAA